UCUCGCGUUCUGUGGGCGGACAAACAGAGUGAGAGAGAGAGAGAGAGAGAGAGAGAGAGCGAGCGAACAGUUGAUGGAGUGUGUUGUGUACUGUUUAUUUUCAGUAUAAAUCAGAACAGUGAUGAAGGCGGAGGAGACAGAGCCCGAGUCUAAAUUCGGAGAUCCGAGGAAGUUUGACCCGAGUUUUAAAGGCCCGAUACAUAACAGGAGCUGCACUGAUGUACUGUGUUGUAUCCUCUUCAUCCUGGCACUGAUGGGGUACUUUGCAGUGGGAAUUCUGGCCUGGUCUCAGGGAGAUCCGAAGAAGGUGAUUUACCCCACAGACAGCAGGGGGCAGUUCUGUGGGCAGCAGUUCACAUCACUGGAGAAAAAGCCUCUGCUAUUUUACUUCAACAUUCUGAAGUGUGCGAGUCCACUAGUGCUGUUGGAGUUGCAGUGUCCUACCACACAGAUAUGUGUAGAGAAGUGUCCGGAUCGUUUCCUGACCCUGGUGAAGGCGAAGCUGAAUACUCAGAACUGGCAGUAUUACUCACAGUUUUGUAAGCAGGACGUCGACCUCACAAAGUCUGCACCAGAGCUCCUGCGGGACAAGGCAUGUCCAGCUAUGAUCUUUCCCAGCAAGGCGUUUACACGCCGAUGCCUCCCGGCUCUGGAGACGAAAAAGGAUGGCGUUGUUGUUAUCGGCAACGAGACGUCUUUCACAGUUGGAAACAACACGAAUGUAAACACCACUGACCUGCUAGAGGCAUCAAAGAAGUCGAACAUCGUGAUGGAGGCGCGGCAGGUGUUCAUGAGGAUCUUUGAGGAUUACACACAGUCCUGGCACUGGAUCCUGCUUGGGUUGGCAGUAGCGAUGGUGCUCAGUCUGCUGUUCAUCGUGUUGUUGCGGUUCUUAGCGGGGGUGAUGGUGUGGGUGAUGAUCAUCAUGGUGCUGCUCGUUAUUGCAUACGGUAUAUUUCACUGUUACAUGCAAUACGUGCAGUUUCAAGGACAGCCUGGUGCAGACGUGUCUAUCACAGACCUGGGCCUGCAGACGGACUUCUCUGUGUAUCUGCAGCUGCAGCAGACGUGGCUUGCCUUCAUGAUCAUCCUGUGUAUUGUGGAGGUCAUCAUCAUCCUCCUGCUCAUUUUUCUCAGGAAACGUCUCCAGAUUGCCAUUGCUCUGAUUAAAGAGGCCAGCAGGGCGGUGGGUCAUGUGAUGUCAUCACUGUUCUAUCCCCUGCUGACCUUUGCCCUUUUGGCUCUGGUAAUUGCGUACUGGGCCAUCACUGCUGUUUUUCUCUCGACGUCCAACACUGCGGUGUAUAAAGUGUUUAACAACAGCGAGUGUGAGUUCAGCAGGCAAACGUGUGACCCUCAGACAUUUAACAUCUCGAACAUAUCCUCGGUGUGUCCUGACGCUGAGUGUAUGUUUGCGUUUUACGGCGGUGAAACAUUCUAUCACAGGUUCCUGAUUCUGUUCCAGUUCUAUAACCUCUUCCUGUUCUUCUGGUGUGUUAACUUUGUGGUGGCAUUGGGUAAUGUGACCCUGGCCGGAGCGUUUGCCUCAUACUAUUGGGCCUUCAAGAAACCUGAAGAUAUCCCAGCAUUCCCCGUCUUCAGCUCGUUCGGCCGCGCCCUCAGGUAUCACACAGGUUCUCUGGCAUUUGGUUCUCUCAUUCUGGCGAUCGUUCAAGUGAUCAGAGUCGUGCUAGAGUACCUCGAUCACAAACUGAAAGGAGCUGAGAACAGGUUUGCGAAGUUCCUGCUCAGCUGCCUGAAGUGUUGCUUCUGGUGUUUGGAGAAGUGCAUCAGAUUCAUCAACCGAAACGCCUACAUCAUGGUGGCGAUUUAUGGCAAAAACUUCUGCACAUCUGCUAAAGACGCCUUCUUCCUCCUCAUGAGGAACAUCAUCAGGGUGGCCGUUUUGGACAAAGUGACUGACUUCCUGUUGUUUCUGGGGAAACUGCUUAUUGUGGGAAUUGUAGGAAUCGGCUCCUUCUUCUUCUUCUCUGGGAGGAUAAAGGCUGUGGAGGAAGCAGCACCAUCAUUAAACUACUACUGGGUUCCUAUACUGACCGUGGUAUUUGGGGCGUAUGUGAUCGCUCACGGCUUCUUCAGUGUGUAUGCGAUGUGUGUGGACACACUGUUCCUCUGCUUCUGUGAGGACCUGGAGAGGAACGACGGCUCCACCGAGCGGCCGUACCUCAUGUCCCCCGAGCUGCAUGACAUUUUAUCUGUUAGCAAAGUGACAGCCGUGGAAGAAAGAAAAGAAGGAGAAGAAGAAGAACUGGCACUUCAGGAAAACGGAGAAGUGCAGCUCAAACAGCAGGAGAGUCUCAAGCAGGAAAAUGAGGAAGAAACACCACUAAUGCAGGAGACAGUGUUAAAGCAGGAAGUAAUGUUAACACAGGAAGUGCCACUAAGACAGGAAGUAGUGCUAACACAGGAAAUAACACUAACACGGGAAGUGCCGCUGAAUCAGGAAACAGCAGGACUGCAGGUAACAACGCAGAAGGAAGAAGCAGAGCUAAUGCUAACACAGGAUGAAGUGAGGGUAAAGGAGGAAAAAAAAGAAGAACGAGGAGUUGAAUUAGUGAUGCCAGGUCCUCAAAACACAGUGCAGCAAAACGGAAUUCACGAGGACGACGUGCAAGAGGCCGUGGAGUCACGAGAAGAAGAACAGCAGGAACCAGAAGAACCGAAGCCUCUGGAGAACGGUCCUCAGGAGAGCGAGACUCCGCUAACGCCUCAGAACGAGUGACAUGACAUGGCGAGAAACAGUGAUGUGUGCUGACAUUAAACAUUAAUACUAAAUUAGCAUGUUCCCAUGUAGCCAGUUGUAAAUAAACCUCAUAGUUUCUCUUUCUGGAUUCGGCUUCAUCACACUAACUAACCUGGCUAGCUAAGCUCAGCUAAGCUAACUGAUGAUAACUAGCACUGGUGAGGGAGUUAAACUAAAAAAGCUAAACAAAAAGGCCUUAAAACCAGCAUGACACAAGGUCACGAUCCCAAACACGACAAAGAGGUGUGUCACAUUUGGACCAGGGGCGGGGUUAGAUACGCAGUUCGGAGAAUUUCUUGCUUCUUGAGACAUACAGUUGGUUUGAAUUGUUUCGUUGUUGUUAGCUUCAGAAGGUUUGAGCGCAAAUUGUAACCAUGGUAACGACUUUCAAUCUGUCAUUUAGUGAGCACUGGUGUAAUUGUUAUACAGAGUGAUGUUCACUACAGUUGUGUUCCUGAAUCACAGAGAGCGUUCUAUCAGCCAUGUUUACACCCUGAAUGGAAUUCUGGGAUUGCUGUUUCCAUGGAGAUGCUCUCUGCCUGCUUCUGAAUGAAACCUGAUAAUAAUAUUUCUUGUUAAAUAUUGCAGUGUGUGUAGACAUGAUAAUCAGUGUGUGUGUGCGUGUGUUAUGGUGUUGUUCAGGAAUGUGCUUGUGGUUUAGCAUUGCUAUGUUUACAAAGAUCAGAACAAAAGGUUGUGAAAUGAAAAUAAUCUACUACUGUGUAAACGUUUACUUUGUGGAGCUGGAGUUUGUCCUCCUGAUGUCAUAAACACAGAUAAAUAUGUGAAUGUUGGGCUAGCGGUUUGCUAACGCUAGCUAACUCGAAUUAGCAUGCUGUUAAACACACUGAAACGUUGCUAGCUCAAACAGGAUGAUAGCUAGCUCAGUAGCUAAUGUCAUACUAGUUAUUGAACCUGAACGAUGUCAAGAGGUACGGCCACGCCCACUGACAUGACUAUCACUUUGGUCAUGCCCACUACAGUGAAAGUGAUUGUUCUGCCUUACCUCUUUUUCUACCUCUUUCUCAUUUUUCCAUCUUUGUAUGUUGUUUCGUGUGACUUCCAGUGAAUAAACUGUUGCCUGCUUUAA